CGCGACGGACCGUUUAGUGCGCUGGACCCAUACAGGAAGCGCGUCCCUGCUUUGACCUGCUCGUCUCUCAAAUGGACUUGUAGCCGGAGAGAAAAGUCAUGUUUAACUUAAAGGCGUUGCAGAAAAAUAAAACACUGAGAUAUGGAGUCCCUAUGCUUUUGCUCGUAGUUGGAGGUUCCUUCGGCCUGCGAGAGUUUACACAAAUCCGAUAUGAUGCCCAGAGGAUCAGAAAAAGGCUGGAUCCUUCACUGGAGGCCAAAGUGAACAUCGAGAAGCAGUCAGUCAUCCUGGAGGAGCAGUACGAGAAGAUGAAGCAGGUGGACUUGGAGGAGUGGAAGAACAUCCGCGGUCCCCGUCCCUGGGAGGACUCCAAGGAGUACCAGGAGCAGCAGCGCACCAGGCAGAACAAAAAGGACUGAGGACCGGGCUCGGCAGGGGAUCGGACUGAGCACACGACCCCCCCCCCCAGCGGGCCGGAGAGGAGAUUAUUAAUGGACGGAGUCUUGACCCGAUAAGCGCUGCAGCUUCAGGGCCCGGAGGCGACUUGUGUGGUCUUGGGUUCCUCCCUUCUGGUUCUAACGCAUUCAGAACUACAAGUGGUUUAGGACCCCACGCCACGUGAGCCCAUCACCUUGAAAUAAGUUCACGGACGCAUUGAUCUCGAUUGGUUUGCACACUCAAGUGCAAAGUGGUCACCUGUCGCUCGGCUGUUCUCCACUCUGGUGAGUUUAAAACAGAAGCGACCAGUAGGGUGCACAUCUGUGUGCCGCUGCACUUUACCUGAUAAAGUAUACAACAUAUAUGUCUGUGUAUGAUGUUCAUGUCUCAAUAAAUUAUGUUUCCAUUGA